UGGGCGGCAGAGAAAUCCCCGGGGUCAUUGAGUGACGGACUUAACUUGAAGCCAUCAGACCUCUCUCUCCUCUCCUCUCAACUCGCCGACGUCAAAUCCCCUCAACCAGUGCACCAAACACCAUGACCGACUUCCUUCUUCGGCCAGCGGUGCUGGUCCCGGCCGUGGCCUUGGUCGCCUUCAUCAUACACCAGCUCUUCUUUGCCGGGCCGAAGCUUCCUAAGCUUCCUAUCUUGGGCGCAAAAGAAGGUGACUGGUUCCCCUUUUACCAGGCGACAUGGAGGAACACCAUCAACUUCAAGGCGGCGGUGCAGGAGGCGGACCAAAAAUACAGGGACCAGGCCGUGCUCAUGCCCGUGGCCAUGGCCCAGAACAUGGUGAUGCUCCCCCGAUCCGAGACCCAGUUCGUCACCGACCAGCCCGACUCUAAGCUCGAUAUGCACACCCAAGCGAUCGACGCCCUCCAGACAGACUACACGACGACCGACCCAUCCCUUGUGCGCAACCCGGUACACCACAAGCUCAUUACCACCACCCUGACGAACCAGAUCGGAAACCUCGUGCCGGAUGUCGCCGAGGAGACAGCCUGGGGUUUCGAUAACCACUGGGGCAGCCCCACCGAGUUCCAGGAGGUGUGCGUCUACGACACCAUGCGCAAAAUCGUCGGCUGUGUCACGAACCGCGUCUUCGUGGGCAAGCCAAAGUGCCGCGACCCAGCGCUGCUCGUCGAGGGCAUGGGAUACGCCCAGGACGUGCCCCUGACCUCGACAGUGCUGCGCAUGGUGUGGAAGCCCAUUCGGCCACUGGUAGCACUAUUCCUCUGCCUGCCCAUCCGUUUCCGCACGGGGCGCUUCAGGAACAUCCUCGUGCCCGAAAUCAAGAAACGCCUAGCUGACUACGAUGCUCGCCAACGCGACCCCGAGGACAAAUCCCACGGCCCCGAGCCCAACGACUUCCUCCAGUGGACGAUUAAGCAGGCCAAGGAGAUGGGCGACCCCUACCUCUGGAAGCCCACGACGCUCGCCGACCGAAUCCUCCUGCUCAACUUCGCCGCCAUCCACACAUCCUCCUUCACCAUCACCAGCGCCAUCCUCGAACUCGCCGCCUCCAAGCAGGAGUACAUCGACGAGCUCCGGGCCGAGAUCGAGGGCGUGCUCGCCGAGCACGGCGGGCAGUGGGACAAGCGGGCGCUAGCCAAGAUGCAAAAGCUCGACAGCGUCAUGCGCGAGUCUGCCAGGCUCAACUCGUUCGUGACCAUCGGCCUCAGCCGCGCCGUCGUAGCCAAGGAGGGCAUCGUCACGCCCUCGGGCGUGCGCAUCCCGCGCGGCGUCACCGUCAACGUGCCCAGCUACCCGGUCUUCCAGGACACCGCCAUCUACCCGGACGCCGCCGAGUUCAAGCCCUUCCGCUUCGCCGAGCAGCGCUCCGACGAGAGUGUCGAAUAUGUCAAGCGCGCCGCUAAGGCUUUUGCCACGACCAGCACCGACUACCUCGCUUUCGGCCACGGCCGUAAUGCCUGUCCGGGGAGGUUCUUUGCUGCGAAUGAGCUCAAGCUUAUGCUGGCUCAUCUUGUGCUGAGUUAUGAUAUUGAUCUUGGCGGGGAGCGCCCGCGGAACUCGUGGUUUGGGUUGAAUAGGGUACCGCCUCUUCAGGCUACUAUUCGCAUUAAGAAGAGGGUGAAGGCAUGAGGUGUGGUUGGAAGGAAACGGGGACGGUUGAGAAAAGAGUAUUUUAUGUGACAUGAGCUGAGAAGCUGAGGUCUACAGGACCUCGUGAUAUGUUUUGGGAGCGUGUACGGCAUUUGCAUAGGCUUUUUGACGUUUCAAUCAGGGUGCUAAUAGAUUGUUGGAGGUCGUUUACGAGGUUGGGAGCACAUGCUUUUCUCUCAGUUACGAAGCCUAGUAGGAUAUCCCCCAAGUUG